GAUCGCCCUGCCACUGCUCACCACCACGCAGGACGCAGGUACCCGGCUGACUCCGGCAGCACCAGCUCCAGGCCACCGCAUACUGGACCAGACUCUGUGGGGGGCUCGGGCGCCCCGCACGUGUAGUAUUGGCGCGGGGCCAUGAGGCUGUGCAACAAGAGCCCCCCCCCGGCGGCGGCGCGGCGGCGCUGCGCGGUGCUGCUCGGGUCGCUGCUCCUGGCCGCCGCCCUGGCGCUGCGCGGCGCCACCCGGCUGUGCCCCGCCGGGCACCCGCGCUGCCGUCAGCGCCUGUACCGAGCGCUGGAGCUGUCCCCCGGCAGGAGGAUCAACUGCUCGGGGGUGGUCCGCGGGGACGAGCGGGCCAUCCAGGAGGCACAGCUCAGCAAUCUGGAAGUCGCCAACAGAAGGGCUUCCCUGGAGCCCGACCAGUACCUGAACAUGGCCAAGGACUGCAGUGCCUUCAAGGAGAGCCGGCGGUUCAUCGAGUUCCCGCUGAGCCAAGAAGAGGAAGAGUUCCCCAUUGCCUACUCCAUGGUCAUCCAUGACAAAAUCGAGAUGUUCGAGAGGCUCCUGCGGUCCCUCUAUGCCCCCCAGAACGUCUACUGCGUCCACAUUGACAACAAGUCCUCAGCCGCCUUCCAGGAAGCCGUGAGGGCCAUCGCAGCUUGCUUCCCCAAUGUGUUCGUGGCGAGCCGCCUGGAAGACGUGGUCUAUGCCUCCUGGUCCCGGCUGCAGGCCGACCUCAACUGCAUGCAGGACCUGUUGCAGAGCCCCAUGCCCUGGCACUAUGUCCUCAACACCUGCGGCACUGAUUUCCCCAUCAAGACUAAUGCCGAAAUAGUCCGUGCCCUGAAGUUGCUGCAGGGGCGGAACAGCAUGGAGUCGGAGAAGCCGUCGGCGCUCAAGCGGGAGCGCUGGCAGUACCACCAUGAGGUGGGGAAGGUCAUCUCCCGGACAGCCACCAAGAAACUGCCGCCGCCCCACAACUACCAUAUGUUCACGGGCAACGCGUACGUCGUGGUCACCCGCGCCUUCGUGCAGCACAUCUUCGAGGACCACGCAGCGCAGCAGUUCCUCGAGUGGGCCAAGGACACCUACAGCCCUGACGAGCACGUCUGGGCCACGCUCAACCGUGUGCCCGGUGUGCCCGGCGCCAUGCCCUCGAGUGACAAGUUCCACCUCUCGGACAUGAACUCCCUGCCCCGCCUGGUCAAGUGGGAGUACCUGGAGGGGGACACCAGCAAGGGCGCGCCCUACCCGCCCUGCACCGGCCGGCACCAGCGCUCAGUCUGUAUCUACGGGGUGGGCGACGUGCCCUGGAUGCUCCAGCAGCACCACCUCUUGGCCAACAAGUUCGACCCCUUGGUGGACGACGCCGCUAUCCAAUGUCUGGAGGAGCACCUGCGCCACAGGGCUCUCUACGGCCAGGGGCUCUGAGACGAUUCGCAGGACCCUCUCCAGCACCUGUCUCCUUCCGCAGGCGCGUCCAGCGGUGACGCCUCAGGGGCCACGCAAGAGGCGGGAGCGCCGCGCCCUGAGGCGAGAGGGGCGCGGGCGCUUCACCCGCGCUGACGGAGGGGUCUCCUCAGGCGGAGGUCCCCCGAGGAGAACGGGAGCGGCCGAGCGCGGUAACUGACGGUCGGGACGGGCCGAGCGCGGUCCGGGUGCCCAGGGAUCCCGGAGCCGAGGGGCAGGAGGGGCGGCGGGCGGGCUGCGGCUGGCCGCGCACCGAGCCGCACGGUGUCCCGUUCUCCUCACACAGCCUGCGGCAGGCGGGGCCAGGGCACGGGCCGCGGAGACUCCGGGUCCUGCUACAACCAGAGCUGAAAGUAAAAUGGUAAUUGUUUUUCUACACUGCACCUGCUGCAUGCCUGAGCCGAACAGCUGGCAGCUGCUUUUGUACCACUUUAAAGUCUAGUUCUGUCAAUACUAUUAAAAACCCUUCAAUAAACCGAAAUACAGUAAACAGA